AUGUUGGACUCCUUGGCCGCUGACCCUAAGACCACACUGGCGGUCAGCGUCAUGGCAGGUUCAUUCCUUUCAGGAACCAUGAUGAGCCUAUCCCUCAUGGCCGUGCCCGUCUUCCUCGACACGACCGACCACGCUCCCCAGCUCUUCUCCGAAUGGGUAGCCAUGUACAACUACGGAUUCCCCACCCUCCCCACCAUCUCCAUUGCCACGUGCGGAUUAUACCUCUACACGGCGCUGCGCGCGCGAGCGCUGGACUCUCCCUGGGCUCUAUAUGCCGCAGUGGCGGGCGUGACAACGGUCGUCAUGGUGCCAUUUACGUGGGUGUUCAUGUGGCCGACGAACGAGACCAUCAUGGCGUUGGAGAAGCAGAGUCGUGGGGGGCGUCGAGGUGGUGAGGAAGAGAAGAAGGGGAAAAAGGUGGAAAAUCAAGCGGGAGAGAUUCGUGAGGCACGAAGACUGGUGAAGAAGUGGAGUCGGAUUCACUUCACGAGAUCGUUGUUUCCGCUUACUGGCGCGCUUGUUGGGCUUUACGGACUGCUGAAGACAGAGUAG